CAUAAAAAGCCCCUCGCCGCCUCACGAGUCUGUGAGCUUCAGCUUCACUCGAUGAAACAUCUGACGGAAUAAACCUGCCUUCGAGUCCACGCGCUCUCGAGUUCUUCUUCUGGAGCGCUGCACAAUGCAACGGAGCCAGUAACUCACUGUCCAGAAAAGCGACGCUGAUCAAACCGUGUUGCCCUGUUACUGUAAAAUGUGGGCGUGAAGAGGACAGUCAUAAGAGCGCGAGGUCUUGGGGUGGAUAACUUCUACUUUAUAUAGAGUAACAACUCACUGGAGUAUCGAAGCUCUUCAAGCUGUAGCUAUGGUGAACAGUCAGGUUACCGGCGGCGUGUGUGCGUCCAGGUCGUGCGCAGGCUGUGGGGGUCACAUCGCUGACCGUUUCCUGCUCUUCUCCAUGGAGCGCUACUGGCACACGAGCUGCCUCAAGUGUUCAUGCUGUCAGGCUCAGCUGGGAGAGAUCGGGACCACCUGCUACAGCAAAGGAGGCAUGAUCCUCUGCAGAACAGACUACAUCAGGUUGUUUGGGCACACAGGGGCCUGCAGUGCAUGUGGUCAGUCCAUUCCCGCCAGUGAAAUGGUCAUGCGAGCACAGGGCAACGUCUACCACCUCAAGUGCUUCUCCUGUGCAACGUGCAGAAACCAGUUGGUCCCCGGUGACCGAUUCCACUAUGUGAACGGCACACUAUUUUGCGAACACGACCGGCCAGGAGCUUCACUCCUUAAUCCUCACCUGCAGAGCAACCCGGUGCUACCGGACCAGAAAGUUUGCUGAAGGACUGCUUCUUCCUCUGUCUCUCUGCUUACCCUCCAGUGUCCUUCCAAUCCCAGCUCUUCACUGACAUCCUCCACACACCCCUCCUUUAAAGCACUUAUAUUUUUACAGCCUAAAUUCUUAGGCUUAAAUGAAAAAGUUUCUUUUGAGAGGGGAGAACGAGUUUGGGCUGAGAGCGAGGGAAACAAGUCUUUAUAUUUGACUUCAUAUGAAACUCUGGUGGAUUGUGGCUUUCUUGCCCCCUGAAAACAGAAGUGACUUCUAUUUUCUCACAGGAUAUCCUGCCUCUCUCACAUCUAACCUCAGUGAGAGGGCUUCAGCUGAAAGCAAUUGAUGCUUUUGAGUCAAGAUGAAACCGUGUUUACAACCCAUUAUUGUCCAUAAUCUGAAACAUACACGAUUUAAAAAGGAUACAUAUUAUUUUAUCCCAGUUUGUACUGAAUACAGUGUUUUCAGACUUUAGCCAUGUAUAUGUUUAUAAGCAACUGAAAAAGUCAGGGCAUAUCAACACUUCUCCAGGCCCCCAAAACCCCCUUAGACCUC